AUGGGACCAUUGGAGUAUCAAGCUGAAAGGUGGAGACGAAGCAAGGUGUAUCAAGAUGAGGACCACCAGCUGCUGAAUCUCAAGAAAUUAUUGCGGGGGGAGGUGGACAGUUUCUCUCGCGCGCAGAUACGUCGUCUUUCGAAGGAAGCUGACUUGUUCGUGUUGGACAGUCGAGAUGUAUUGUUCCGUUUGAACUAUCUCGCCCUGGGGCGGCCGAGAGACCAGACAGACAUGUUACGACUGGCAGUUCCGGAGACACUCCGCCAGGACAUACUGUACAAUGCUCAUGAGGACUUCCAAGGGGAUCACCAGGGCAUAACGCGUACCCAUGAGAAACUCCAGUCGGACUUCUACUGGUAUGGAAUGUACGCGGAUGUGGAAACGUUCAUCAAGGAGUUGGAAAGGGGCGUCCCCCAACCAGGGACCCUCGCUGGAAAUAUCGAGCCGACCCGCCCAUUCGAGAUUGUCUCUAUGGAUUUUGUCACGCACUUGCCGGAGUCCGCCCGGGGCAACGCGUUCCUGUUGCUUUUUCAGGUUAUGUUCUCCAGUUACGUCAUGUGCAAGCCGAUGAGCCCAACCACUGCACAAGAAUUGGCUGAGGCAUAUGAAGAACGUGUCUUCCAGAGGUUUGGGGCGAGUUCUAUGAUUCGCCACGACCAAGAUCCAAUAUUUGUGGGCGAAAUGUUCAGGUGUUUCAGGGAAUUGCUGGGAAGCAAGCAACGAGCUACUCUAGGCUACAGACCCCAAGCGAACGGCCAACAGGAACGAUCAGUCCAGACGGUGAUUCGAAAUGUGCGUGCGUAUGUGGCUGAGGCAGAUCAGUCCGAUUGGGACGAUCAUGCCGAACGCCUGAUGUUCGCAUUGAACACUUCUCUUGACGCAACCCGCCUGGACAUACUCCUCCGACCCUGGAUCACCAUAUUGCCCUGA